CACCCAUGAACCUUCUACGUAGACUGAUUUGAUCGAACCCCGAUUAACAGCUCAAUAGGUUUUAUCCAGCCGGGAAAAAAUUAAUUAAAAGACCUUCUUUUUUCUUUGUUGACCCUUUUUUUUUCGCCCUCCAUUAUCAAGAUCAUAUACAUUGUAUACUGUUCAACCUGUUUUGCGCGCCAUCAGACUGAGUCGAUGUCAGAUUUGAUCGUUGUUCCUCCAUAAUUCUUAAAUAUGAUACAAUUGACAGACUAUGGAGAACGGAUAGUGGAUCGUCUCAACAUGAUUGGGAUGUGGUUGGCUGUCUUUAUCUGUGUUCGUAAUUUUGUCGUCUGCUAUCGUCAAUAUCAACGUACGCGAGGCAAAAUUCACCUUGCUAACAUUGCUCAAGUGGUGGUUUUUUUCGUACACCGUUUUCUUUACGGUUUAAUUCCCUUAUUCGAGAUCACAACGUGCGCUUAUUAUCCUCUACUGGUCUCAUUAUGGCAUCUGGAUUAUAUCUUGUUCUAUACCGUCAUGUUUAUGCGAUUGAUCAUCUUGGAAUCCGAUCGCCAUUCCCUGUGGAUAAAGAUCGUCAGCAUUGCACUGAUCACCAUUCGUUUUGCUGAUUGGCCAUAUGAAUUGGUAAUGAAUCGGUUAGAGCAACACACUGGAGCACUGCAUAUCCUUGGAGGAGCUCAGUGUUGGGCUGCUUGGAGCAAUGGUGUGAUUAUCCUUAAUUUCGUGGCAGACAUCAUGGCCAAUCUAUUUCUAAGUGGCAUGUUCGUUCGCAGAUUGUAUAUGCAUAUCAGGAAAUCUCGAGAUAUCAUCAGUCGACACAACCGGGUCAUUGAACAGAUUGCACGAAAGUCGCUUCUUUGUCUAAUUUUCACGUUCGUUGCCAACCUUGCCAUGAAUUUAUUGAAGAUCACGCGAUUCAUCGGCGAUCACUCGGAUGCGUUCACCGUAUAUUUUGAAAUCAUCGAAUCUACUCUUCUUGUCGAAGCUCUACGUGUCGAUUAUACCGGUCUUCCCAAUCAAGCGUUUUGCGAAAACUGCGGCAUGGCUGUCAGAUAUACGCGUAGCGGAAGUGAUCGAAAGCAAAAGAGCGAACCUGAUUACAUUGGUCUCGCAGUACGAGGCCCUUCAUCUCAGUCAAUGAUGGGAGCGCCCUAUACACCCACAAGUGCCGAACACCAAACGGCUUCACUCAUCAACUCACCCAUAAAACGCGCUACCUUCUCUCGGAAUUCAGUCCAUAUGUUCGAUCAUGCCACGGCCAUGGAAGAGACCGUCUCUGCACCUGCUCUUGGCACCAAACAUGGGGGUUCGCCAACAACGCCUAAGCCAUCCUUGGCCAGUGACAGCGCGCUUCGAUCGAUUGACCCAACCAGUUCUUUUGCGUCAUUAGAUCAAUCACGCCGACUUACAGAUCGACCUGAAUGGAGCAAUAAUGAUUAUCGCAUGUUUUAAGCAGCACCACACCCAUUGGUUGAAGCAGUAGACAUUACCCAUUUUCCUCUAAUAGAUAACCCAAUAUAUUCGGUCUCGCGUUUAAUGUGUACAUUUUAUCUUUUCUUAUUUAUUUUAGUAAAAUAUAUUGAG